AUGGCCCUGCUGUCGAAUCAUCACUGCAAUUACCAGAACACGCAGUCCGAGAUGCUGACACCCACGUACGCCAAUUCAGCGGGGAGCUACGACCCUCUGUAUCCGUCACCGUACAACUCACCCAGCUACGAUUCCACCAGAAUCGCGUAUAGAGAUAAUUGCACGCACGAGAACGAACUUACGCCGCGAAGGGAGGUCGAGACGCUGGAUUACACCAAGGACGUAGUGCCGGAAUACACGAAGACCCCGGAGGGAUACGAUCGAGGAGCUUAUGGCGUCCUGACGCCUGUCACCCCGCAGAGAUACGAGCCGCCGCAUUCGAUGGAUCAGACAAGAUCGCCGCGAUCGAUGUUGUACGAGGAAAGUUCGAUGAACUAUCAUACCCCAUCCUACUGCUACGAGACUCCUCCGCAGGAACCGAGGUAUCAGCCCCUGGAGAAUAGCAAACCAAUCAUCACGAUCGUAGAAUCUCGCGCCAGUUGCUGGGAACCCAUCAUCUCGACGCAGAAAAUGCCGACGACACCGCCGGUGAGCCCGCGAAAAGGUCGGCGAAGAUCGCGCGACGUUCCACCGUCGCCAACGGUGCUCAAACGUCGUCGUCUUGCCGCAAAUGCACGUGAAAGACGACGUAUGAACGGACUGAACGACGCCUUCGACAAGUUGCGCGAGGUCGUGCCGAGCCUUGGAACCGAUCACAAGCUCAGCAAGUUCGAGACUCUACAGAUGGCACAGAGCUACAUAGCCGCCUUGUGCGAUCUUCUGCAGAGGCACGAUAGCAAGAGAUAGAAUGGAAAACGCAAGUACCAUUAUAUAUGUUUUUUAUCCUCUGUUCGCUCGAAUUUAAUGUCAUCGAAGAUGAAUAUUUGAUUACUUGAAUCUGACCUUCAAGAAAAAAGUCUUAGUAUAAUCUAAUCAAUCUAAUCUGUUCCUUUUUUAUGAGAAAAUCUGAAUAAAAUUUUUUAAUAAUUUUCUUAACUUUAAGAAUAAUUUUCUCCUAAGCUUCUAAACAGAUAGAUUAGACUAUUGUUGAAUUGUGAAUUCCAGAAUUGAAAAGCCAGUCAUAGAAGUUUAAUACGUUUUGUGAACAGCCAAUGUUUUAUGAAUAGUUAAUUAAUUGUAGA